AUGGCAAGAGUUGAUUCAGGACCAGAUACCAAGCCUCUUCCUCCAAAUGUGCGUGCCAUCCAAGACUCGAUUCCCCAGUCCAUGCUCGGCUGGCUAUGCGAAACCUCAAGCGAGACCCCGAUCGAAGAGAUUCGUCGUCGCCUGUUUGAGGAUGAGUAUGUCUUUGUCAAGGGUCUCCUACCACGAGACGACGUUCUGAAGACGCGAGAACACUACUUUUCCCAGUUCAAAUCCCUGGGUCUGCUGAAGCCAGACAUAGAUCCAGUGGACGGCAAAUACAACAUGGCCGAAGACAUCUCAUUGCACAAUGGCGUUGGUGGUGGAGGUCCAACAGUUAACGACGAACUGGAGCGUCUCGUAAAGGCCAUGUGCAGCAGCCCUACCUGGAUUUCGCGGCGCACCCCAAGUUGCGUGAAAUGCAUUGGCGUUCAUUACGACAAACUCUUCCUUCGCGGAGGUGAUGCCUUCUUCUUGACCGCCUGGGUGCCCCUCGGGGACGUCACAGCCACAGGAGGAGGUCUUGUUUAUCUGGAAGACAGCACCAGUCUCACCAAGGCCAUCGAGGAUGAUUUCGGGCAAGAUCAUGAGCACCUCGCUAAGAAAACCAAAUUCAAUUGGUUUGUUGCUGAUUUCGAGGCUGGCGAUGUGGUCUUCCGUCUGCCAUACACGAUUCAUACGGCAGCGGCUAACAACGAUCCUCAUGGUCGCAUUCGGUUGAGCACUGAUCUCCGCUUCUAUGACAAGAAAGAUGUCGAGGCAAGCGCCACACACGAACGGUGGAACAAAUUCUGGACACCAGACGACGGGAUUUAA